AUGCGCAACAGUGUUGCGGGUUUGCCUACCCAGUUAGCCCGUAAGGCGCCAUGGCCCCUGCAGCCGCGGGUAUCCCGCAACACUGUUGCGCAUUCCCAGUUACACCCGGUACAGCUGGGCUGGUGGGGCUGCCCCAAAGUGGCGUGGCGUGGCCGUGUUGUGCCCCCCCCCCUCCCCUCCCCACUUCGGUUUUACCGUUCACCCUUCGCCACUGCUGGGCAUUCCCGUAUGCGCUCGGGGCUUGUGGACUUUACCACUUUGUGCAAGGAAGUUGUCGAGUGCAGACCUCUACCUUUACGCCGUGUGCUAGUGCAUCAAUAUGUUCUACGAGCCGUGGUUCCUGUGCUGCUCUAUGCGCUCCGACGAGUAUUAUGUUGUGCCGCGUCGUGCCAUUGUCGACCGUGAAGUUGAGGACUGCCAAAGUAUGAUGGAUUUCAAGGGGCAUCCCUUACUCCAGGAUCCUGUUGGGGAUUUUCUUGAUGUGCUUGUAGAUUUAGGGGCCGAGGACGUCCAUCUAUUGUCGUCCCCUGGGCACCCCGGGGGUAAGACUGAUCGGACGUUGUGUCGUGUGAUGUACGUCUCGUGUGAUCGUGCGGAGGUGAAGGACAUCUUCCAUACAUGCCUGACUUUGGCCCUGAGCAGCACCCAUCCUAAGACUGAUGACCCGAAAUUCAUAAGCAGGUGGCUCAAACGAAAGGACCAGGAUGACGUUGCCAAAGCAUUGGCCAAGAAGAAGGGCAUCACGGGGUGGAUGGGGCAGGUCACACAUUGGCUGCGGCGUUCUGAGGGAGAAGUCCUGUACUACCAUCCAGACGACAAAGAAGUUUUCGAAAAGUGGCUAGUUCCAACACAGCACACCCCAGAGAAGCUGUAUUACUCCUCGCCUCAUCUAAAGGAUAGGUCCAGGGUGCGACUGCUGAAGUUUUAGGAUAAUAUGGGUGCGGUGGGAACAGGAAUACCAGUUAAAAAUAGUUGUAUUUAUUUCAUUUUAUAAUUGCUGUUAUAUUUGUAAAUAAGACUCGUAGGAAGGUAAAAGAAAACAUUGCGAUGACAAGAGAAAGCACAAAAUGAUUUGUAAUGAAUAAUGUCAUACAUAAAACAUUAACAUACAAAUGGAAGGUUUUUGAACAUCUGAAUUGUUGUCCUCAACGUCAACAGUUGUAUUUCAACUACUGUCACAUUCGAGACAAAACUAAGAACAUUUUAAAGGACUAAAAUUUUAGAAGAUCAUAACGUGAAGCAGUCCUUAUUGUUAUAGCUAUCUGUCAAGUUUGGUGGUACGUUUUCUUCUCAAACCUGUGAUACAUUACUGCCCCUAUAGUAGAUAAAGCAAAUGAGAUAAUUCGAGGUGAAAUAGACCAGAAUCAUACACCUCUCAGAAACUCAGUUAAUGUUUUAAACUGAUAAGCUUAAUUGUACCACAGAUGGCUUCUCUUGGUAAGCUAUAAAAGUGGAGAAAAUGUCCUACACAUAUUGUUUGUAUAAACAGUUCAAACUUUUUUAUGUUUAACAAGACUUAACUUUAAUCAACAAAACAAGUCUUAGACAAUAUUCAUGCUAUUUGUAAACAAAUGUGUUCCACACAUUUUAUAAAUACUAUUCUGAUAAAUUAAAUUCCCUUCAAAUUAAGUUUCUUACCUCAACAUUUCCAUUUUUAAUACAUUGAUACAAGCAAUUCUUAAACUGUCACCUGAAUGUGAAUUUAAAUUAAACGACAUCAGUUUACUAUCAAUCUUAGACACUGGAAAGCACCUUCUCAUUCCUUCUACCGUGUCUUGUAAAACCAUUAUAUGAGGUAGAGUAAUAUCGCACAAUUUCUUUUGGCGACAGAUUUCUAUAAUGUUCCCUAAAACAAAACAUUCAUUUUCAAAAACAACAAAAGAGUCAAUGACAAAUACCUCAUCAGUAGUGAGGAGUACAACACUAUUAUUUUGUUUAGUCACUCUAGAAUAAUUACAAGAGUGAUAAACUUCAUUGUUAAGGAGACAGCGGUCAUAAGAUAAAAAUGUCGAGUUUCCUGUGCACUCAACACCUGCCCUCCGCAGUGCUGCGAAUGACUCUAGGGGAAGAGGACCAGACCGUGGUAUGCCCAAUAAAGCAGCGUCUCCUAUUGUCAGAUUGGGGAGAGCAUAUUGUCGACCAGACAGCACAUUUUUUAAAUACUCCUGCUGUGCAUCUGUCAUUGAUUCUCCCACAUCCUCUUCUAACUUUCUCAAAGCAAUCUUUUUUUGCAUUGCCUUACAAAUUUGCUGGUUGGCACCAUUACUGCUCUUCACAGCUUGUUUUAUCUCGGCAUUAAAACUUUCAAAUAUAAAUGCAGAAUGAGCCCAAGGUGGGCCAAAAUCAGCUACACUGGCUCCUAUAUGAGUAAGAAGGUGUACACUGAUAGUUACAUGGUGCUUACCGUACAAAUGGUCUAUCCCACUUACAAAAUAUGACAAAUAACGACUGGCAUAAACCAAGUCACUUUUAGCAAUGGAAUUCUGCAUGAUGAGAGCAAUUCCAUGAACUAAUAGGCCCCAGUGAUUUAAAAAUCUUGCCGGUAGUAUGCCUUUUAAAACUGGAAUACUAUAAUCUACAACCCAGUGAAACCAUUCGUGACCACGGUAGUCAGAUCUGUCUUUCAAAGAUCUAGGGUUCCUGGAGACAUCUGAAGUGGGUGUAAUUUGAAGCAGUCUUGCAUUUACCUCAGCAAAUUUUGUAGAUAUACUGAAUGGUUUCUUACUCCAUUUUUCUAAAAACCAUAGAUGUGCAAAGCGUUUUGCUACAUUUACCAAUGCGUGAAAUAAAUCCAAGUCUAGGCAACGGGCCAUGUCAAAGUUCUUCAGCUGAGAUAAAACAGAAACACCUGUGAUGCCUCUUUGAGGCUUGCGCGACAUCUCUGCAGCUAUUGCCAUUUGCAUCACGUGAUUGUGAGUCCUCAAAGGAUAUUCCCUCUCAAAUGUGGAAUACGAUCGGGUAUGUCCUUUCUGGUACCUCAUCCAAAAUCCAGGGUGAAGGCAGAGACCACAACCAUACCGCCCUGUAUUUAACAAUGUAUACAUUAGUAAUUGAUGAGCAAGUAAUUAACUUAGAUUUAAGAAGUGUGUAUUGCGUUACAUGAAAACUCACCAUUAAAUUGCGUUGAAUUUCUAAGGAGUGGUCUGGCAAUUGUGUCAGCUAUUCCCAUCAAAACUUUUAUUUUAAAAUGGCACACAGAACCAUCUUUUUCGAAAGAUAUUCCCCUUUCCUCCAAGGACACACAUUCCUCAACAAAAGGUUUAAGAUACUCAUGGCAAUUAGGCUUCUUCAGGUUGAGCCAUAAACUUAUAAGAAAGAUGUGUUUCCGCCGUGAUGGCAAAGGCAAUUCAUUCAAGCAUGCAAGGACAGGCCAAGCUGAUUUCUUGCUCGUAGUAGCAAUCUGAAACAGAUAUUUUGUCAUUAAAACUAAAAGAAAUUUAUACUAUUUCAUUCAGCAUAUGAAAGGGUUAAUUAAUUUACUAGCCUGGACACCAUCCACAAAAAAAGUUAUGGUAAGAGUAUUCUCGCUGACAUGCGUUCUGUAAUGUUUUCCAUCAUAAAUGUCUUCAUAAUUACACUGAUAGAUUUUAUUACGAUCUUGAGGUUUUAAAAUGUCCACAGAAUGAUGUUUUAGGAGUGCUUCCAGCUGUUCUUUCAGCGACAUGUAUAAGAAUAUGUUUCCCUUCUUCUUGUUUUCUGAAGUGCUGGUAAUCUCUUCACAAGUUGCACAUUCGAAUGUGCUAUGGUUGACUCUACCAAUGUACUUUCCACAGGGGCACAUAUGAUGUUCGUUGAGGGAACACGAGUACUCUUCAAUAGUUCUCUUGAUAAUGUGUUUUGACGGGACAUAUAUAUCCUGUCCUGACAAAACGCCAGCCAGAUUCAUGAUGUCUUCCGCAGCUGGGUAUGUCAAGUUGUGGCGUGUCAUUGUAGCCAAAAGCAUCAAAAUAUGAGCUCUCUGGUCUACAGACAUAAAAAGACUAGGAAAUUCAGCUGAUGUCUCAUCAAAACUUUCAUCUGCAUCAUCAUCAGGUGGAGAUUCACUUUCAGUGACAUCCACAACAUCUUCCUCGUCCUCCACUUCAUCUAGUCUAAGUACAAAGGAGUCCUGAGAACAAUAAGAGAGGAAAUAUUAAAAAAAUAUAUUCUAUUGACCAAGUACUUUCUUUUCACAUCACAUUACACUACCUCACUGUUUGUAUCAUCCGGAAUCUCUUCUCCUUCAGCAGCAUCAUUAUCACCCUCAGAAACGAGAUAAAAACCAUCCUCCUCGUGAAGCUAGGAACAGAAUUAACGCAUAGUAUUAGAGAGUUUUUUAAUUGUGCUACUCAGGGGAGUUGCUGGCUGCUGGUUAAGUACUAAUGCAUAUGAAAAUUAACAUGGUUUCACAAACUUGUUAUUUCUCACCUCUACGUGAAGGAAGUUUUCUAAAAGGUGUGUGCCAUUUGACG